AUGGACAAAGAUGGCUUCGAGAAGUUCCUGGAUGCCUCGUGGCGUGCUUUCCGCAAGCAGCUGUUGGAGGCCUACCCGGAAAACCAAACCAAUGCAUCUCCUCUGGAUGUGCAGCUGAAGCUCGCCGAGCUUGAACAGCACCUUCAAGAAGCAAGAGCUUCCAAGAAGGAGCAGCUCUUGGCCGUCGGCCCCAUUUCGUCCACAGUCAGCAGCCGGGGUUCCGGGCCACGGGCAAUGCCAUCCGCGGCAGCCCCUGCUUCAGACGCCAGCGCUCCUGCUGGGUCACCGCAAACGUUGACAAUUGAGACCGAGUCCCCGAAGUCCCCGCAGCACAUCGAAGAUACGCCACCACAGUCCCCGAAGUUCACCGUACCCUUCCUUGGUGCUGGGCUUCUUGGGCUCAGCGACGAGGAGGCACAAUCCAUUCGCCAUCGCCUGCGGGUGCGCCUCGGCGUCAUCUCUGCGAAGCAGUUGGUGUCGGGAAGGUCGCUCCACGACUCAGUGGUGGCUUUGGGCCUUACACGUUACAGCGUGGAGGAGAUGGAUGAGCUGGUGAACUUACUCGCUGACUUCAUCGGACUUCAGUUCGCACAGGAUCCGAAUGCUCAGCGAAACAGCCGGCGGACGUCGAGGACGGCGGCGACAUCGCUGUUCAGUUUGCAACAG